CGGGAAGGUUCUGUGUGUCUCCGGCCCGCGCCGGCUCCGCCCGGGGGAUCCUGUCCGGUGCCCACUUUCACCGCUGCCUCCUGCUCUGCCUGCUCCUGCUUUCAGCAUGGUAAAGAAGAAUACUAUCCCUGACGGAUGGAGGAGUUUGACACCAGUUGGACAACCUAUACCAGGAACGAGAUUUAUUGCAUUCAAAGUACCUUUAAAAGGGGCAAUUAACCAGAGGCUCACCCCAACCCAGAAAUUUACACCAAAAGACUUAAUUGCUGCAAUGAAAGCCCUAAAUGUGGAGCUUGGAUUAAUUAUUGAUUUAACAUAUACCACCCGAUACUAUGAAGUUAAGGAUUUACCUAAAAGUGUGCAGUAUAAGAAACUUUAUACUGUUGGACUUGAAGUCCCUGAUAAUGCUACUAUUCUACAGUUCAAAAAAUGGGUCAGAAAAUUCCUAUGGGAAAAUGCAGGAAAUGAGAAGCUCAUUGGCGUUCACUGCACUAAUGGAAUUAAUAGGACUGGCUACCUUAUAUGUAGAUACCUCAUAGACGUUGAAGGCUGGGAUCCAGAGGCAGCAAUACAAGCUUUUGGUGAUGCCAGAGGUCAUCGCAUGGAUGGUCUGGUGUAUCUCACAGACCUCAGAACGCAACCAAUGCGAAGUAACCUUGGAAUGGAUGUAUGGGAUGCAGAUGAAGAUAUUAUUCCCCCACCACAUGCAAUGGAAGGACCUGCAGAGCGGUUCCCAAAUGAAGAUUUUCAGGGGUCUGGGAAAAGAUUAAGAAUUUAUGACGACCACUCUCACAAUGAUUUGCAAGGACAGAUACAGUUGAGAGAUUUUGACUUCAUUAAUAAGGAGCCUGGACAGAGACGAAGAUCAUUUCAUGACCACCAAACUCAGGAUGAAUCAAGAGCAUCAGUGCAGAUGAGAAACUGGGACUACAAUCGGGGACCAGAACAGAGACAAAGACCCUUUAGUGAUCACCAAUUUUACGAUGAUUAUCAAGAAGACACACAGCUGAAGGACCUAGACUUCAGUAACAAGGGCCCUGGACAAAGUUUGAGACCUUUUCAUGGACACCAGUUUUGUGAUGAUUUACAGGCAGAGAGGCAGUCGAGGGACAUUAACAGAGGCCGUGGACAAAGGCAGAGGUCUUUUCCUGAUCAUCCAUUUCCCAAUGAUUUGCAGGAAGACAGGCAGUUAAAGGAUUUUGAUUUCAGUAGCAUGGGCCGUGGCCGGAGACGAAAACUGUUCCAUGACCACCAAUCUCGUGAUGAAUUUCAGACUCAGAUGCAGUUAAAAGAGUUAGAUCCUGUCAGCAGAGGUCCUGGCCAGAGACUAAGAUCUUUCCAUGACUAUGAGUCACAUGAUGACUUAAAGCCACAGAUGCAGUUGGGAGAUUUUGAAUUUGUUAAAAGGGGUUGUGGGCAGAGGUUGAGGCCUUUCAACGAUCACCAGCCUCACAAUGACUUACAAACAGAGAUGCAGCUGAAAGAUUAUGAUAAUAAAGGCCCUGGACAAAGGCGCAGACCUUUUCAUGACCAUCAGCCUUAUGAUGGCUCGCAGGAACAGACUCAGUUAAAAGAUUUUGAUUAUGUUAAUAAAGGACACGGACAAAGGCCAAGACCUUUUCAUGAUCAUCCAGGUCAUGAUGACUUGCCACGUGAAUGGUGUUCAGACAGAAGUCAAUCAUUUUCUUCCCAUGAAAAUGUAGCAGAACCUCAUUUCUCCUCAUCUCCUUCACUUCACAGAGAUUAUGGGUCAGAUAAUGAUGACUUCAACAGAAAUUACAGUAAUCGACCAAACUGUCCUGAAGACAAUAGGAGAAUGCAUCCCUCAGAGGAAAUUAGUAGAGGAAAAAAUAGAUUUGCACCAUACUCUUCACAAACAAUGCACUCAUCUUCAUCUGUACACCAAGAAGAUAGUUCAAUAAACUAUGAAAGAAAACCUUUUCAAGGUGAAACUCCCAGAAAGAUGGAACAGAGAAAAAGAUUACCAGUUGUAACAGUUGAUUACAAUUAUGGUCUGCCACUAGACUGUGGACCUGAAGAAGAGAAAUCACAUUAUGAUUUACUGCCACAAGACCACUACAACUGGAACUGAACAAGAAGGACAGUGUUUGCUCAGCUUGCUCAGACUUACUUUUACCCAUUUUCCUUUGUAUGUGGACCAUUUCUUUUUUUUUAAACAAAUUAGUUAAAUGCAAAUUUCAGUAGUAGAGAACUGGUCUCCAUUGUAAGAUUAGCUUCUCCUUAUGUUUGGUUCUUUAAAUUUAUUAAGGUGUAUUUGUUAAGUGUAGUUGGAGACAAGGUCUCGGUACACAUGGAAUUAAAGUAGUCUUUCCUUUUAGUGAAGUUGGAACCCUGUACCUUAAAACAAACAACUUUCUCAGUGUUUGUGGUUGUCUUUUGUUUUGCAGUUCUUCAAAAUGUAUGUGAUUUCCAGGUGCAAAAGUCGUAAUAAAACACUGCAUUAUCAGGUAGAGUAAUUGAAAUGAUAGGAAAAAUACUAAGAAAUGAACAAAGCAAUGGUCAGUUCCUCCUUUCAUUUGAAAACAGCAGUUUAAAUUAUUGCUAUCAGUCACUGCAGCAUUGGAGUUUAAUUUCAUAUUUUGUGUACCAUCAACUGAACUGACCUAGUUGCACUCUUUUUCACAGCAGAAUUUUCCCAGAUUGCUAAGAAAAUGGAAGUAAAUGGAGUUUGAAUACUCUAAAUGUCAGACUUGCUUUUCAGUAAUCUGAAUAUCCCAUCCUGAUUGUAUUAUUUUUUCAUGAUCCCAUAGGGUAUCUAUGUUUCAGAAUAGCCCACUGCAGGUAAAUUUAACCAAUUUCUCAGCGACAAAUCCGGAUGAGGUGGGUCGUGGAUCAUCAGCUCACCUGUCUCAAAUGGCCAAGGCCACUGGUGCCUAUAUACUUACACCUCCUUGUUUGUCAGUCAGACCUGUCUUACUCUCCAGCUCUGUUUUUCACUAGUUUCUUCUUACAGCACAGCAGAGCAAUGUAAUCAAAAUAGAAGAAUAACUUCUUCAGGUGAGCUCCUUUUAAUAGUCAUGUAUGGAACAGUCUCCUCUGAACUGCCUCUUCAGUGAGUCUCACAGAGGUGGUGCAACAGUAAGUAAUGCACCAACUGCUCCUACUGUGGAUAAAAAAAUCAGUUCAUAGGAUGGAAAACAGUAUUACUAUAAUACUUAAGUAAAUUUUAAAACUUUCAUUUUUCAUUAUUAUUACAUUUUAAUUAUUAUUUUAAAAGGCAUCUCAAUAAAUAAGGAUAAAGGCAGACCAUUAUAUUAAUUAAAAUGAAUGCAAGAUAGUUAAGUCAUACAGUUAAGACACUCAAAAGCAGCAAAGCUGCAAAGCAUCAAACAAGAAGGUGUAGGUAUACACUGGAAAACUG